GGAGCAGAGGAGGGGAGGGGAGGAAUUCGGAAGAUUACAGCUUUACAGCUUUCCCGGCGCAACGGCGCGAGAGCUUUUAGUCCGUGUAUUAUCUUUUGGAAUAGAUUAAGUACAUUCUGACACAAUCGUACGAAUUUGUUUUCAUUUCGUUGAUCUUGUCUGUAUAAAACCUAGUCUCUUUGAUUGGAUUACAUACCUGCAAACUCCGAAAACUUGGCGUCCUCUUUCCACAGCAGAAAAGGUGCAGUAGACUUUCAAAAUGCUAGCGACAAGUCGCUCACGCCGCAGCAAUGCAGGUGCUCAAAUGGCAAAACUAUUGGAGGAUUUGCAGGAAGAUGACUUUUACAAGUCAACUUAUGGGGGUUUUGAAGAAUCAGAAGAAGACAACGAUUUUCAAUCCGGAGAUGAGAAAGAAGUUGCAGAUGAUGUUGAUUCCGACUUCAGUAUUGAGGAGAAUGAUGAACUCAUUUCAGACCAUGAAGAUGACGCCCCCAAGAGACAGUCAAAAGUUGUCACCAAAGCUUACAGGGAACCAAAGCCAGCCCCUCAACCAGGAGCUCCAGAGAAAAAGCCCAAGGUCCCUAAGCAACGCAAGCCCAAAAUGACAGCAGAUAUGUAUGAGAGGAAGUCCAUUAGAAAAUCAACAGUUAAAAAGUCAGAAGAAACACAAUUAAGGGUGAAAAAAAGGAAAGAAGAAGGGCCUCGUAAACAUCGUAGGCACAGGGACUACUUUUAUGAACCAACCCAAGAAGAAAAACUAGCAGAGGCAAGGGUUACAGAGGAAGAAAAUUUAAAAUCUUUAGAAAAAUAUCAGAAAAUGGAACUAGAAAAAAAGAAAACGAGAGGGACUAAGAAACGUAUUAUUGGUCCGACUAUUCGUUAUCAUUCAGUUGCAAUGCCAGUACUUGAAGAAGUGCCAAGUAAUCAUGGACUUGUGACUGAUGAAAGGAUCAACGUUGAGGAUACUAUUGAUGACGCAACAAUGUCUGGCGAUGCUCUAGACCCCCAGCCUGUGAAGGAGCCUGGGGAGAAAGUGAAGGAAGAAGGCGAACAAUCAGAAUCUUCCCUAUCAAAACUUUAUCCACGCUGUGAGCGAACAUUCUUAACAUUCAGUGAUGAAAGCAUUUUCCGACGAGCAUAUCGCCUGAGGAAAGCCAGAGCUCCACAACGAAGUUAUUGCCUUAUAACUAGACAAAGGGCAAAGUAUAAGGAUCCUGCAACACAAGCACCCUUUUGUAAUGCAUCAACUUUCCGUGCUUUGCGUGAUGUUCUUGCUCUACAUUUGGAGCAUAGACCAAGUAAUGAUCCUGAAACAAUUCAGUGGCUGGAAUACAAGCAGAAGGAAAGAGAGGAAAGACAGGCAGCUGCUCAGCAAAUUGCCUGUAAAGUUCGACUCACACCUAGUAUGCAGGCUGCUCAUGUCCUGCAGGCUGUGGCCCAGGGCACCAACCAGGCUGCAGCUUCAUCAGCUUAAAAUAAUGAGAUAGUUUUAAUAUCUCUUUUUAAUAGCAUAACAUAGGUAUAUUAGUUAUAUAUCCUCUAAAAACUGUGAUAUUUGUGGACUUUGAUUCUGUAAUGAAUUUUACGUAAACCAUGGAGUUAGAUAUAAUUGUACUAUUGAAAUAAGUAGAUGUAUGUAGCUAUAUGUAAAGGUCUUGUGGUUUUCUCCUUUAUGAGAAAACAGACUGAUAAUUAAUUGAUGUGUAAAUUAUGCAUUUCAGAAAUACUGAUCAAGUAUUAUAAAUUUCUGUUUUAAUGGAAUUCAAAUGUAGAGCGCUAUAUUUUCUUUCCCUUUUAAAUGAGCAGGCAAUGUACACCUUUUCUUGUAGCUCAUUCAUGUGACAUCAAAUCAACUUUAAUUGAAAGAUUUCUCAACCUAUUAAAAUGAUACUGACCACUGCAACAA